AUGUGGGUGCAGGAACUAUUUGCACCAGUUUAUGACUUUGAAGCAAUAGUAGUAGCAGGAAAAUAUGGGUACAAGCAUGAAGAAAGGAAACCCCUGCGGGUGCCAAUUCUUGACCCAGAAACAAUUCGAGAAGUAUUUGAUAAAGUUCAUCAACGUAUUGUCAAAGCGGAAGAAAAACUGCUGCAAGAGCAAACAGAAAAAGAACGGAAAAAAGACGAAGAAUUAGACCCUCAUAAAUCUAGUGUAUGGAACACAGAAGAGCUUGAUACUUUGAGGAAAGUAUACAAGUCAGCAACAGGUCAACUGAAGAAAUUGGAGGUAGCACUGAACGAACAAACAGAAUAUAACAAGUCCAUGGUGGUGACUAUAGCAAAGCAGAGAAAGGAAAUAGAUAAACUAAAAGCAAAAUUGUCAGAAGUGACUCUGGCCAAUCAGAGAUUGUGCAUACACAAGGACAGUCUCCUGAAAGAUCAAGCCGUACAGGAUGUCAGGUUAGCCGCAGUGACAGACAUGUGGCAUGAAAAUGAAAAAGAAAAGCUGAAAGCCUGGGAAGAAGUGAAGACCACCCACAUGAUGCUAGAAAAAGAGAGACUUUGGAGGCAGAAACUGGAAGCUGAACUUCUGGAAAGCAAACAUAAUCUUCUUCGGGAAAUACAACUAGUGGAAAGAAAAGCUCAGACAAAACGGGAGAUGGAAGUAAAUGACUUGAAUGAGGUGAUCAGAGAUCUGGUAGUUGAGUUGAGAGAUGAGAAGAAGUUACACGAUGCAUCCAAGAGAGGUCUGCAGCACUUGCGGAAACACUUCUCUAGCUUGCCGUUACAACAUAUCAUUGGAGCCAAUGCAGUGACAGAGGACGAGGUGCAGCAUAUAGAUCAUUAUAAUUUGUAA